UAGAACUUCACAUAUUCUACUGAUCAAGUAAAACCACGAUAAUGUUGACUUUACUUUUAGUUUCACUUGUCGGAUCCGUUUCGGCGUAUGGCAAAGUAGGUCCAUUGUUAGGAGGACUUGGUAGUAGUGGAGUUGUCACUGGUGGAUCACUCAUUGGAGGCGGUGGAGUUAUUGGUGGGGCUGGAGGAAUUGUCAGUGGUAGUGGACUUCUGUUAAAUAAUGGUGGAUUAGGUGGAUUAGCUGGAGUAGGUGGAUUAGGUGGAUUAGGUGGAGUGAUCGGAGGUUUAAAUACAGGACUUGUUGGUGGAGGUCGACCAUGGUGCACAUGUAGUUUGAAAUGUGCUCCAGGACAAAUAAAACUCAACAAGAACUGUAACUUGGCACCUCUUCUUCCUGGUAGAUUGAAUACUUGUUGUUCCUUAUUGCCAUGGUGGGUAACCAACCAAAAUUACGGUCUUUCACUUGGUGGAGCUGGUCUUAUUAGUGGUGGAGGUAUUGUCGGAGGUGUAAGUGGUAUUUUAGGAGGUGGUAGUGGACUUCUUGGUUCCAUUGGUGGUAUCGGAGGUCCAAUUGGUGGUAUUGUCGGUGGUGUAAGUGGUAUUUUAGGAGGUGGUAGUGGACUUCUUGGUUCCAUUGGUGGUAUCGGAGGUCCAAUUGGUGGUAUUGUCGGUGGUGUAAGUGGUAUUUUAGGAGGUGGUAGUGGACUUCUUGGUUCCAUUGGUGGUAUCGGAGGUCCAAUUGGUGGUGUUGUCAGAGGUUCUGUUGGUGUCAUUGGAGGAGGCAGCAGUGUUCUCAGUGGACCAAUUGGUAAAGGAGGAUAUUAUUAAGUAUUUGAAAUGUAACACAAACACGAAGAAAAACUUGAAAUGAAAUGCUAGAAGUUAGUAAAUGUGUUUAAUAAAUAUAAUCACAAACCGAA